AACAUCGUGGCCUCGGACCACCGGCCCUUCAGCACCAAGCAGAAAGCCAUGGGCAAGGAGGACUUCACCAAGAUCCCGCACGGCGUCAGCGGGGUGCAGGACCGCAUGAACAUCAUCUGGGAGCGUGGUGUGGUGGGGGGUAAGAUGGACGAGAACCGCUUUGUGGCCGUGACCAGUUCCAACGCCGCCAAAAUCCACAACCUGUACCCCCGCAAGGGCCGGAUCAUCCCCGGGGCCGACGCUGACGUCGUGGUCUGGGACCCCGAGGCCACCAAGACCAUCUCUGCCAGCACCCAGGUGCAAGGWGGGGACAUCAACCUGUACGAGAACAUGCGGUGCCACGGGGUGCCCUUGGUGACCAUCAGCCGCGGGCGCGUGGUCUAYGAGAACGGCGUCUUCAUGUGCGCCGAGGGCACCGGCAAAUUCUGCCCGCUGCGCUCCUUCCCCGACAUCGCCUACAAGAAACUGGUGCAGCGGGAGAAGAGUUUGAAGCUGCGGGGUGUGGAUCGCACCCCGUACCUGGGGGACGUGGCCGUGGUUGUGCAUGCCGGGAAAAAAGAGACGGGGACGCCCCUGGCCGACACACCCACCCGGCCGGCCACACGACACGGGGGCAUGAGGGACCUGCACGAGUCCAGCUUCAGCCUCUCCG